ACAAUCUGUCUGUUUUGAGGGGCCCCGGGAAUCCAUUCAGCCAUUCAGCAGUCAUUUUAUAAAACUAGCUCAGUAGAACCUGGUACAUGAUGUACGAGCAAAAGUUCAUAACUUCAAAUUGAAGUUCAGAACUUGAAAUUAUUACUUUUUGCUCUCUUUCGAGGCCGAUUUCAAUUGUUAUGAAACGCGUAGUACGGUAUGAACAAGAUGAGGACACAUGAAAAAAAAUUCGAGAACUACGAUUCAAACAAGGAAAACAAUUUCGUUCCCAACAUGGCCGACGAGGAUAGCAAGGAGCAACAGCAUGUUUACGUGAAACUUGUAAGCGCUGAGGGCCAUGAAACAUUUGUUGACCGAGCGAUUGCGAUGGGGGCCAGCGCCACCAUCCGCACCAUGCUGGAAGGACAAUUCCGCGAGGCGCAGGACAACGUUAUCCGCUUUCCAAACAUUACCACAGCAAUCCUAGAACAGGUUGUCCGAUAUAUGCAAUUUAAAGCCAAAUACACCAACUCUUCUUCUCGGAUUCCAGAAUUCACCAUCGAACCGGAAUACGCUCUCGAACUUUUGAUCGCAUCCAAAUAUCUUGAUUGUUGAUUUUGCAACCUCGUUAAGUGUCCAGCAACAGCGAAGAAAGAAGGAUAGGAAUUGGAUUAGAUGCAUCUAAAGACACAAAGAUUUAUGAAAUGAUGAAAACUUGUAUGUCAACAUUGCUAUUAUAAUAUUUAACUGCUAUGGUAUUUCUAAUUCUACUCGUUCACGACAUGGGUGCUUUUCUUUCAGAGGGAAGAAAACGAUUUUCAAGAAAAGAGUGUUGAUAACGAAUCACGGCUGUCUUCAUUCAAAAUGUGCUUCACGCUUUAGUAUUCAAUCUUCACAUAUUGCGUGCUGGAAUUUUUUUUGAUAGGGCUUUCAUGCUGAUUGCUAUGCGUACGAUCAUUGACUGUUACGAAAAAAUAUUGUACCUGCUCUAAAAGUCUCUGUUGCUGUUUUCUAUCCUCUAUGUUCUAAAUUCAUUGACUCAUUGAGCUUCCGAAACUAAGUUGUU